AUGCACUAUCGUCAUAGAUUUUCGUUUUUACGUGCUCAAGUUAAACUCGAGUCAAGGUUGGCAUAUGAGUCCUAUCUAAGUAGGAUAAAUACUUCUCUCCAGAAUGACCCACAUACAUUUUGGUCGUUUAUCAAUAAUCGCCGAAAUACAUCAGGUAUCCCAAAUGUCAUGAAUUAUGGUGAUAUUAUUGCAUCAGACGUUGAUAUUGCAAAUCUAUUUGCACUUCUUUUCAAUUCCGUUUAUAAAUCACCACUUACUAUUGAACUUGAUGAGGUAGAAGAAAAUUUAUUAUCCCUGAGAACAACUAAGAGUCGUGGGCCUGAUGGUAUAUCAGCUCAAUUUUUAUUUAGUAUUAGGGCACAGUUAAAAUAUCCUCUAUUGUAUUUAUUUAACCUCUCAUUAGCUGAAGGUAUAUUUCCAUCAAUAUGGAAAACGAGCCAGGUAACACCUAUUUAUAAAUCAGGAGACCCAGGGUCAGUAUCUAAUUAUCGUCCAAUUUCUGGUUUACCUCUAAUUGGUAAAUUAUUCGAAAAGAUUGUUAAUAAAUGUAUUGAACGUAGGUUUAAACUAGUUUUAUCAACAAAUCAACAUGGGUUUUAUGGCGGUCGUUCCACAACAACUAGUGCCUUAGAAUUCUCUGCGUUUAUCAGGGAUAGCUUCAAAAAUAUGAGUCAACGAAUAAACCAAGUUGAAGAUUUAGGUUUUAUUUUUACUCCAACGUUAUCGUUUGCACCUCAUAUUGACUGGAUAGUAGGCAAAGCAUUGCGAUCAUUAGGGUUUAUAAGGCGACAUGCAGGGUCGGUCAUGUCUGUAAGAUGUUUGUUAAUAUUAUAUACUACUCUAGUUAGAUCAAUUGUAGAGCAUGGAUCUGUGGUAUGGUCUCCAAGGACCAAAUGUGAUAUUAUUCGAAUUGAACGUGUUCAGCAUCGUUUCUUAAGCAUGGUUUCUCGAUCUAUGGGCAUUAAUCAUGAACCCCAUGACUAUAAACCCGUCUUAAUAGCACUCAAUUUAUCCACCCUAAGCGAAAGAAGAAAUAUGAGUGAUAUUAAACUUUUAAAUGGUUUAGUCUCUGGUGUAAUUGACUCACCAGACUUGUUAUCUAGAAUAGGUUUUCGCAUUCCAGGUACAACCCGUUCUCGUGACCCCUACUACCUUGCUUCAGUGUCAAAAAAUUAUUUGGAUGAUGAUCCUUUAAGGAGAGCUAUGUCUUUAGUUAAUAGUCAAACUAGUUAA